AUGCCGCCCGGCCCUGCCAGUCACCAGCGCUGUCAGAUCAAGUCAGUAACGAUGCGCUGGAAGCUGCUCAACAACCCCGAGCCAUCAGUCAGUGGAACAAAAACCCGCCCACAGCACAGCCUGGCCCAGAAUGCAACCAUUCAUCAUGAGGGGGGGAAGCUGGAGCUCCGGCCAAGCCUUUCAUGGACACAGAAAAGGGAUCUGUAACCAAACCAUGCUCAAUUAAGGCUCUGAUUCGCCAGGGGGAGAUAAGGGGUAAUCAAUCAUCCGUGGCGGGGCCUCGUGCAAACAAUGUCAGGAUGUGUCAGCAGGGCAGCGCCGGGCCAAAAUCAGCUGACGGCUCUCACACAAAAGGUGCGAGGGGGCUCGUCCUGUCAAACACUUCCCGCUGAGCUGCUGUGUCAGAAAACAGGUCUGCUGAACAAUCGCGCUCUGUGCCGGCUCCCGAACUGA